AUCCUUACCUGUGCUGUGAUCCGACGCAGAGAUACCAAAAACCAACCUUUUCCCCCUUUCUCUUUCUACUGCUCCCAACACUGCGAUCUUCUACUUCCACGGCGAACCGAACAGCAAGGAACAGUGGCGCGGCGGUGGUCUGGUUUUGCGACUGAGACGAUGAUCGACGAUGGGUGGCGGUUGUGCGGCGACGAAGACGCGCUGGCCUGACGAUUCGGCGGUCCGACAACGAGAUAGGCUCGGCUGUUGUCUGGUGGCUGCGACGGUGUUGGGGUGGAGCCACGGAAACGGCGAGCGGCGAUGUGAGGCGUCGGGUGGUGUUGAUCAGGUCGACGGCGGCGGACUCGGGAGGGAGGAACUGAAGCUCCAAGGUGGCAGUGGUGUGGGUCGGCGAUUGACGGUGAGAUGACGACGGCGGCACGGUGGUCGCAGGCGGCAACGGGCAAUGAGGCGAGGAUGGAGCAGAGGAGGAGCGGGUCUGGUCUGAAGAACCGAACCGGUCUGUCCUGAUAUGUGGGCUGUUGGGUUCCAACUGUGGGCUGUGGCCCUUUCUGUUAUUUCUCUUUUGUUAUUUUCAUUUUUUAUGGAACGGGCUAGGCUGGAAGUCCAAUGUGUAACAGAAAUGGAUUGUAAUGGGAUGAUGAAUUUCAAGUGUUUAAACCUAUUAGGUUCGAACAAAAUUAUUUAGUACGAAAUUAACCCGGACAAAAAUGGGUGUCAACA